UAAAAUCCCCUACUACUCUCUCUCUCUCUCUCUCUCCCGCUUGAAAGACCCUCCGAAUGUCCAGAGGUUUAGGGUUUCUAAUUCAUAGUUUUGAUCCUCAGUAACCUGUAUAAUCUCUCUACACUUUCGAUUAACUUAUAGGGAAACAAUCAGUAACAAUCAUAGAAAUGGCGGCUUUCAGUGCACUCUCGCUAUGCCCCCACAAUUUAUCUUGUCGACCAAACCCUAACAGGCGUCGCUUUUUGUGCUCUCUCGCCUCUCCUUCUUCAAUAGGUACGCGGGGACCUAAAGUACCCCGUAAAAAAUCAGGAAGAUUGGAAGGGGCUGGAAAAAGUAUGGAAGAUUCUGUUCAGCGUAAGAUGGAACAGUUUUAUGAAGGGUCUGAUGGUCCACCUCUCCGUGUCCUUCCAAUUGGAGGCCUGGGUGAAAUUGGGAUGAAUUGCAUGCUUGUUGGGAAUUAUGAUCGUUUUAUUUUGAUCGAUGCUGGUGUUAUGUUUACGGACUAUGAUGAGCUUGGUGUCCAGAAAAUUAUACCUGAUACCACCUUUAUAAGAAAAUGGAGUCACAAAAUUGAAGCAGUUGUCAUAACACAUGGUCAUGAGGAUCACAUUGGUGCGUUGCCUUGGAUGUUGAAGACACUGAUUCACUUGUGUUUUGAAUAGAGAAGUUGAGAAUACGCCAUUCAAGAGGUUCAUAUAUUAAUUACUUGCUACAUUGAUGAUUUAUUUGAUGGGGUCAAAAAACAAUCUGUGAAAAGUACCUAUAUGAUCAUUAGCUGCUCUAUAUUUUGAUGCAGAACUCAAUUCAUUGGUAUGAGUUUUGAUGUAGGAUGACAUUACAGUGAAGCAAAUAGCCGAUAACUACCCAUUAGUAUGUUCACCACAUAUACAAGUUCAGCUGGCAGAUAUAGCAUUUUGUUC